AUGGCCGACGACGACGGGCGCGAUGCGCUCAACAUUCUCGAGUCGGAAAACAAAGAGGCCGUCAAGGACGAGGAGAUCUCGCGCAUUCUCGGUGCCUUUCGACUGGAUGCGUAUGCCGUCCUGGGCCUGCAGCCCGGUGUGACCGAAUCCGACAUCAAAAUCACGUACCGCAAAAAGUCGCUCCUCAUUCACCCCGACAAGACACGCAAUCCGCGCGCCCCCGACGCGUUCGACCGCUUGAAGAAGGCGCAGACGGAGCUCAUGGACGAGAAGCACCGCGAGCGGCUGGACGAGGCGAUUGCAGACGCACGCAUGCUGCUGAUGCGCGAAAACAAGUGGACCGCGGACAGCCCCGAACUCAAGACGGACGACUUCAAGGCGAAAUGGGCCGACAAGACCAAGUAUGUGCUCAUCGACAACGAGCAGCGGCGACAGCGGCAGCUGCGGGCGCAGAUGCAGGAAGAAGGCCGGGAGCAGCGCCGCGAAGAGGAAGAGAUCGAGGCGCGCAAGCGCAAGCGACAGCACGACCAGGACUGGGAGGCGACGCGCGACCAGCGGAUCGACAGCUGGCGCAAGUUCUCCAACAAGAAGUCGGGCGGCGGCGAGGGAGGCAAGAAGAAGAAGAAGAUAAAGACGUUGGGUUAG